AUGUUUGUUUACGAGUUUAUGGCUGGCAUCGUCGAUCAAAUCAAAGGAGAAGAUGCAGCUGAUUCCUUUGAUCCGCACGUACAUCGCAAAGUGGAGAAACCAACUUCAUACUCAGAUACGAUGAUUCACUUGCUAAAAGGCAGUAUUGGCGCCGGUGUGCUCGCGAUGUCGGACGCCGUGAGCCGCGUGGGAAUUUUGUUGGGCAUCAUCGGUGUCGCACUAAUUGGCAGCUUCGCUACUUACUGCAUACAACUCCUCAUUGCAGCGCAGUACGAGCUGUGUAAAAGACAUCGCCGUGGUUACAUACAGUAUCCCGAGUCAAUGUUGCUGGCGCUUCAGGAUGGGCCUCCGUGCUUGCGCUUCUCUGCAAAAGCCUAUUACUACUUCGUCGAAACGACACUUGUGUUAUGGCAGAUCGGCAUCUGCACUAUCUAUUGUGUGUUUGUUUCCGAGAACAUCAAACAGGUUUGCGACUAUUACGGGCAAGAAAUAUCAUUACGUUGGCAUAUAUGCUUCCUACUCAUACCACUUACGGCUAUGGGCCUCGUCAAAGACCUUAAACUGUUGACACCCUUCUCAUCGAUUUCAAACGUCGUCACUCUUUUCGGAUUUAUCCUAGUCUUUUUUUACUUAAUUGAAGAUGAUGUGACUCUGGACCAGAACAAAUUGAAACUAAAAGGCUACAUAGAAAUACCCGUUUUUGUAGGUACUACAUUAUUUGCACUGGAGGCAGUGGGAGUGGUGUUGGCCUUAGAAUACAACAUGGAGAAGCCAAAGCAAUUUGUAGGGCUAUUCGGAUUAUUCAACAUCGGCAUGGUAAUCAUUAUGUCGCUUUACGUAUUGAUGGGCGUGUUUGGAUAUCUCAAGUACGGGGACGAAGUAAAAGCAUCCCUGACGCUUAACCUUCCCCACGAUCAAAAAAAGGCGCAGGCUGCGAAACUAAUAUUCGCAUUAGCGAUCCUUCUAACGUUUCCGCUACAGAAUUUUGUGGCGUAUAACAUUUUAUGGCAAAAGAUAAAAAAGGUGAUAGGCGAAAACAACAGAGCUAUCCUCGCUGACUACGCACUUCGAAUCGCACUGGUGAUACUUCCAUGGUCGCUCGCGGUGGCAGUGCCGAAGCUGGGACCUUUCAUAGCCUUAUUUGGUGCUUUGUGCCUCUCGCUAUUGGCAAUAGUGUUCCCUGGACUGAUGGACGCCUGUGUGUGGUACCCUAACAAAUACGGCAUGUGCAGGUAUCGACUUGUGCGAGAUAUAUUUAUCGUCGUGAUAGGUAUAGCAUGCCUUGUCUCCGGAUGUUAUACGAGUCUUCUAGAAAUUAUGGCCGCUGGCAACCAUUGA